CGCGCAUGCGCACAGUUACCCCGCCGCUGUUUGGCCGUUUCCAUGGCUACAAAGAGCGUUGACGGGGGUCUGCGACUGAGAAAAUGAAGCUCAAGAGCCUCCUGCUCCGGUAUUACCCGCCAGGAAUUAUGUUGGAAUAUGAAACGAGUGGGGAGCUGAAGACCAAAUGCCUAGAUUUGCUCAACCUCAGUCCCAGCACUGAUGUCAAUGCCUUAGUCGAGGAGAUACAGAAAGCAGAGCCUCUGGUCACGGCUUCCCGAUCAGACCAAGUAAAGCUUUUACUACAGAGAUUACAAGACAAGCUCAGACAGCACAGCAGCCACACAUUCUACCUUUUUAAGGUUCUCAGAGCACAUAUACUGCCAUUGACCAAUGUUGCACUUAAUAAAUCGGGGUCUUGCUUUAUCACAGGAAGCUAUGAUCGGACCUGUAAACUCUGGGACACCGCGUCCGGAGAGGAGCUGCACACGCUGGAGGGCCACCGGAAUGUGGUGUAUGCCAUAGCAUUCAACAAUCCGUAUGGUGACAAAAUUGCUACUGGAUCCUUUGAUAAGACCUGUAAGCUAUGGAGUGUAGAAACGGGGAAAUGUUACCACACCUUUAGGGGUCACACAGCAGAAAUAGUGUGUUUGUCAUUCAAUCCUCAAAGCACACUGGUGGCCACUGGAAGCAUGGACACAACGGCCAAACUGUGGGACAUUCGGACUGGAGAGGAAGUGUCCACCCUGAAAGGACAUUUGGCUGAAAUCAUCUCUUUGUCCUUUAACACCUUGGGAAACAGAAUCGUCACAGGGUCUUUUGAUCACACGGUUGUAGUGUGGGAAGCUGAAACUGGAAGGAAGGUGUACACCCUACUUGGACACAGUGCUGAGAUCAGCAGAGCCUUAUUCAGCUGGGAUUGUUCUCUGAUAUUAAGCGGCUCCAUGGACAAAACCUGCAUGCUGUGGGAUGCUGCAAGUGGAAAGUGUGUGGCAACAUUUACAGGCCAUGAUGAUGAAAUACUAGACAGCUGUUUUGAUUACACUGGAAAAUUUAUUGCAACUGCGUCAGCUGAUGGAACAGCAAGAGUUUUCAGUGUAGCCACAAGAAAAUGCAUUGCCAAAUUGGAAGGCCAUGAAAGCGAAAUUUCAAAGAUUUCUUUCAACCCCCAGGGGAAUCGUCUUCUAACUGGCAGCGCUGAUAAAACAGCCAGAAUCUGGGAUGCUCAGACUGGGCAGUGCCUCCAGGUUCUUGAGGGGCAUACUGAUGAGAUCUUUUCAUGUGCUUUCAACUAUGAAGGCAACAUAAUCAUUACAGGUAGCAAGGACAAUACGUGUAGGAUAUGGCGUUGACGGAACCCAGCCAGGUGAUCAGCAAACUCGCUGGAAAUGGAGAUGAAGACAGAGCUUCACAGAUGUUAAGCAAGCUGUUUUGAUAUUUCACAUUUUCUCUUUUUCUAUAAGUCCACUAUAUACUGUCCUUAGCUUCACAGAUAUGACCAUUAAAACUAAUAAAUUCAUUCAUUUCUUGAUAUUAUUUGAUGGAAAUGAUAGGAGAGAGCACAAUGUUUGGCCAAUGUCACUGGUCUUUUCAAUUUUGUUUUUAUUUUUAGUAGCAUCAUGAUAGUGACAAGGGAAAUCAGAGUGAUUUCACGAUGUGUCUCCCAGAUUCUACUCUGUAGGUUGUUAUAAAACCUGUUGAAUAAAGUUUUUGGAAGCA